AUGAGCUCGUCAAACAGAGGACAGGUUCCUCCAGGGUUCCAGUCGAAAUCGACGCCCAACCUGCCGACCCUAGCAUCGCUCCAAGACGCGCGCGAGAGUGCUGCGCAUCAACAUGCACGCUCCGCCGUCUCUCCCCCGCGCAUAACAAGCCCACGCUCCCCGCUGGCCAACGGACCAGCCUCCGUGGAAGACAAAGAAGAUGAGGAGGAGGAGGACCCGUUCGCGCUAGAAGACUCGGAGGGGUCAGAGUCAGGAGUGGGUGAGGGUGAGGGUGAAGGUGGAGGGGAAGGUGAAGGAGAUGGAGAAGGUGAAGGUGAAGGAGAUGGAGAAGGUGAAGGUGAAGGAAAAGGAGAAGGAGAUGGAAAGGGAGACGGAGACGGAGACGGAGACGCACAUCAGGAAGUAGACAGUCCGGCCACGUCUCGUCCGCUGUACACGUCCCGCUCGCACACACAGCUGCCACGACAGCCUGCGACGGCGCUCUACCCUCCCUUCUACAACCGCCCACCAGUGCCGCUGCCACCCUCGCCGUCUCUGACGUCCCUCCUCCGCCCAGCCUUCAGCGCCGCAACCUCGCGCCCUACCACGCCCGACUCGUCUGAUGUCGAGCUGCCGUCGGCGUACAGCCAUGGCACCAACACGCCCACGUCGAGCACUACAAACCUCGCGCGCAUCACCAACUCGGCACGCAACGCGCCCACCGUUCCGCGCGCCUCGCCCAAGGUGCCCACCUACGAGUACUACGGCUUCGCAGUCUACCUGGGCAGCUCGGCCGCCUUCCUCAUGUACAUCCUGUGGGCCUAUGUGCCUGCGCCUCUGCUGCAUCAGAUGGGCAUCUGGUGGUACCCGGACCGUUGGUGGGCCCUCGCCGUGCCCUGCUGGCUGGUCGCGCUCGUCAUCUACAUCUACGUCGCGCUCGCUAGCUACAACACGCGCUACCUCACGCUGCCGCUCAAUAGCUGCGAGAACCUGGUUGACGAAACCGCACAGGUCGCUGUCGUGGACCGCAAGACACGGCAGAUAGCGCGCAGCCCAGUCUUUGGCAUUGACCGCACCAACACCAACACCAGCGACCAAGACGCCUCCAACCGAUCAGUCGGUCGCAGUGAUUCCUUCUCAGCAUACCAGUUUAGCGCCGACGAAUCCGUGGAUUGGAAGAGCAUCUGGAACGUGGGCACCGACGCAGUCAUGGACGUGCCCAUUGGCGGGGUCUGCGAAAUCCUGUACGGAGGUGACCGGUAA